AUGUCUUUGAACCUCGAGAAGCAGCUCGUCUUUUAUGGCGCCUAUCAUCACAACAAAGUCAAUGUUGGGAUACACAUACUCUGUGUGCCUCCGAUCCUAUUGACGUCGUUUUUGCUUCUCACCAACACGCCUAAUGUCCCACUACCAUCAUGGCUAUCGAUACCCAAUCUGCCCCUGAACGUCGGAACCGUCGGGGCCGUCCUCUACUCGACACUCUACAUUCUGAUGGAGCCUGUCGCUGGGGCACUACUUGCACCCAUUUUGAUUGGAGGUACCGCUGUCGCAAACCAUCUUACAUCAACGUACGGCGCAACAGCGAAUUCAUGGGCUGGCGCAAUCAACAUCGCAUGCUGGUUGGCGCAGUUUAUCGGUCAUGGCAAGUUCGAGGGCCGCGCACCUGCCCUGCUCGACAAUCUGGUACAGGCAAUCUUCCUUGCCCCCUUCUUCGUCUGGUUUGAGAUCCUCUUCUCGCUCGGCUACCGACCCGAGUUGAAGCGUAGGGUAGACUCGGCCGUGGAGCAGGAGAUUCGGAAAUUCAGGAAGAGCAAGGAGAAGAGCCAGAAUGGCUCGGCCAAAUGA